GCAGUGCAAUGUACGGACCGCAUCUAAUCAAACAUGUUACUCGUGCUGGCAAUCGUCUUAGUGCUGUUGCUGAUUCUGCUGGUGGACAGCACCCUAAAACACCAUGUGGGUAAAUUUGCCAGAUCCUUGGAAUCGGUUAGCCCCAACUAUCCCCUGUUGGGGAGUGCUACGGUGUUCCUUGGUCACAGUGAAGAACGAAGGUUUGAGAAUUUCAUGAACAUGCUCCGCCAAGUGGAUCGAAUUGGCAAGGGAUGGCUAGGUCCGCAACUGAUGUUCUAUGUGGCCCAUCCCGAACUGGUGCAAAAAGUGCUGACGGAUCCAAACUGCAGUGAAAAACCAUUUUUCUACGAGUUUUCCCGGCUUACUCAUGGGUUGUUCUCGGCAAAAUAUUCCAUUUGGAAACCCAACCGAAAGGCACUGAAUCCAACAAUGAAUGUGAAAAUGUUGAAUAGUUUCGUGCCGAUAUUUGAGAGAUUUUCCAGAAGUAUGGUGGAGAAGCUGAAGUGUUACCCCGAAGGGACUCCAGUGGAUAUCUUGGAUUUCACAACGGAAUGUGCGUUGGAAAUGGUUUGUGGAACCACGCUGGGGACGGCUCUAAAGAAGGGUAGUGGCAAAAGGAAGUUUUUGGAAAGCAUGCAAACAUUUAUCAGUAGGGUAGCUACCAGAACGCUAAGUGUCAGUUUGUACAAUGAAAGUUUCUAUCGGCUUACAAGAGCAUACAAUGAAGAAGAAAACGCUCGAAAGUAUUGUCUUGAUUUUGCAAAAUGUAUCAUCGAGGAGAGACAACAAGUGCUAGUUACCGAACCACAGAGUAAGAACUCCGAUGAAAAUGAAGACGACGAUGGUUAUCAAAUUCGCCGACCAAAAUUAUUUAUCGAUCAAGUCCUGAGCGGUAACAACACCGAAGCUGAUAUCUCAACGCAAAAUUUAAGUGAACAAAUCCUUACCAUCAUGGCUGCGGGUUACGAUACUUCCGCCAACAUGGUCGCCCACAGCUGCCUUUUCCUGGCAAUGUUUCCAGAGCUUCAGGAGAAGGUAGCACAGGAAAUUCAAACCGUACUUCCAGAUUGCGAACAGGAACUAACAGCAGAGACGCUCAAAGAUCUUCCAUACCUGGACAAGUUCUUCAAGGAAUGUUUGCGACUCACCCCGGUUGGAUCUACAAUAGCAAGAGUUAACAUGACCGAUAUUGAACUGGAUGGAUGCCGCAUACCGAAGGGCAACAUCUUCAUCUUUAACUUCUACGUACUGCAUCGAAGAAAAGAUAUUUGGGGACCGUACGCUGAACAGUUCGACCCUGAAAACUUCUCACCAGAACGUUCGAAAGGACGACACCCGUUUGCAUUCCUGCCCUUUAGUGGAGGCUCAAGAAAUUGCAUCGGGGCCAGGUAUGCCAUGAUAAGCAAUAAAAUAAUGAUUAUCCAUUUGGUGAGAAACUUUCGAAUGAGUACGAAGAUUCGGUUCGAGGAUUUAAAGUAUCGCAUCAACGUAACACUCAAUCUGGCAUUUAAGCACCUGAUAACACUGGAAGCACGACGAUGAAGUAAGAUAUCCGAUGACAUUUUCUUAACGAUGGCUGUUGUAUACCGCGAUGUGCCCAGCAGGAGACAAUUCUCUGGAAAACAAGGUGAAGCUGUGGUCAUGUAACAAUGAUGAAACAAGGGAAGAAAAGCGAAUGGAUGCGCCAUAAAGGUCACAUCAGACACUAUUAUAAAAUAGGGCACUUCACUGCUCAAUCAAUGUGGUGUUGUAAUAUGAUGAGAGAAAUAAAUGUAUUGUUGUUGAACGGUUGAAGUUUUCCGAAC